AGUGGUAGAUAUUGUCUCAAGAACCAUGUGGAUCACAAGGUUCAUUCAUUUUGUUCCUCCAACUCACGCUUCUCACUAAAACCAUCAACAAACAAGUGACACAAAAUGGAAUAGAAAAUAAUAAUAAUAAUAAUAAUAAAAAAACGAACACAGAAGAUUCAUUAGGAAAAGAAGAAUGCAAAUGGCACUUUUAUUAAGAGGUGGAACACUUGGAGAUUCUAGCUUUCGUUUGUGUUCUUUAACUUCAUCCUCUUCUGCUUCGCAUGUAUCUCAAAAUGUUGUCAUACCAACUUCAUCAUCAUCACCAAUACUACCUUUGAUUGCAAGUAGAUUUAAAACAUUCAGCAGAAACAAGAUCACUUGCUCUGCAGUUCAAGAAUCAUCUACUAGUACAUCAACUAGUGCUGAAACAAAGGAGGAGGUAAAGACAGUUCCAAAAGCAGCAACAGAAAAGAAGGCACCUGCUAAAGCUCCAGUUAAGCCUUUACCUCAGAUGAUGGAAGAGGAUGUGAUUCCUUCAUUGAAAACAAUAUUAGAAGCCCAACAAGAUCUCUCUGACAUCGAUCUUGUCUUUCAGGACAAUAAGUUGGAAGGUUCCUUUUUGAAAAAAGGCAAUCCAUAUUCAUUUUGGGCCUUCUUUCCCACAGGAAUUACUGGUCCAAAGGGGUUUGCUCUGUCAUCUUAUAACUCAGGAGCAAGUACUGUUGAACCGUUUCUGAUUGAUGAGAAGAAAAUUACUUCAAAACACAUUGUCUUUUGGGUUGAAAAACGUUUGGCAGCACAGGGGAUUAUUCCUGUAUGGAAAGAUUGAUGCUUAAAAAGGAAUGUAAAUUUUAAUUGCAUAUGAUGUAGCACACUAUUCAAUAUCCUCGUCCCUUGGCUUAUUGACUAUGGUAUACAUACAGUGUUGUUUUGAUCGAUGUGCAAUUAAUUGUAUAAGAUUUUACGAACACGUUUUUUGAUCAA